UUCUUGGAAAUAUAUAAGCCGAGUUCUGCUGUUAAGAUUGGGGCAGCUCACUGACACACACCCAAAGCUUCUAUAUAUAGGCACAGCGCGGCGGAUGGUCACAGACGGUCGCUGCGCUGCCGAGAGAAAGAAGUGUUGUCAGCCCACCAAUCCCUCGUCACCUCCAGAUAACCUGAAAAACCGCCAUUCCCCCCGGAGACGACGGUGACUUUCGCCAGCUUCCGCGCCGCCGCGCAGCCAAGCCGCCGUCUCCGCGAGAGACUUAUGCCUUUUCGUUCUUCGUGGACGGAUAUGAUUCUUUGUGUGAGAGGUCCACAGAGCCUGCUGGCGGAUCAGAGGGGCUGUCGACCUUCCUCGUGCCUGGGGGUCCCCGGAUUCGCCUCCGACCAAGUCAUGCACCCCUUGAGCCCGCCGACCUGCCCCCUGCAGCAGCCGCAGAGCUCGCCGGAGCUGCCGCCCAGGGUGACCCCGCCGCCGCCCCCCACCGUGCAGAGGGACCCCGAAGAGGACCUGCUGUGCAUCGCCAGGACUUUCUGCUACCUGCGGGAAUCUGGUUGGUACUGGGGCUCCAUCACCGCCACAGAGGCCAAGCAGAAGCUGCAGAAAAUGCCGGAAGGGUUUUUCCUGGUACGGGACAGCACCCACCCGAGCUACCUCUUCACCCUAUCGGUUCGGACUAACCGCGGACCCACGAACGUUCGGAUCGAGUAUUCCGACAGCCUUUUCCGACUGGACUCCAACUGGCUCUCCAAGCCGCGAAUCCUCUCUUUCCCGGACGUGGUCAGCCUGGUCCAGCACUACGUCUCGUCCUGCAGCUCCGACAGCGCCAAAGAGCAGCCGGCAAGCCAACCGCCACCGCCAUCGCCGGAGCCCAGCCCCUUAAAGGAACCCGCAGCCGUCCACCUCAGGCUCCUGCAGCCCUUGCACCGAAGCGGAGAGAGCCCGAGUUUGCAGCACCUGUGCCGGGUGCAGAUCAACCGGAGCAUGGCGCCCGGCGCGGAGGUGACGGAACUGCCGCUGCCACGUAGGAUGGCGGAGUACCUACAGAGGUACCCCUUUAAGCUCUGAUGGUUUUCAGGGAUGGACUACAUUUUAUUUUUUACCAACACAUACUUCCCACACAUGGGCGAAAGUCCGAGACUGUAAAUAUUCCUGAUAUUUAUUAUAUAUCCCCGCACCCGACGUUUAUUUUUCCAGCACUGAUAGCUGCCCAAAGAUUAUCACUCAGCAGCGGACUGCGGCACCGACCGAACUGCUCGGCGUUCGCUGAUGUAGUCACUAUAAUAGUGACCACGGCGAAAACGCCAGUUACUACGAACUUUUGUCACCUGCUCCAUGCUUGGCGGUCUGUCUUCGCCGGAUCUAGGUCACGGGGGAAUUGGAGAUCUGUAACUGAAUCUCGCAGACCGCCAUCUUGGGCAGAGACCACUUUCCAGGCCUGUGGCUACCGAAACACUACAACUCCCGCCGGAGCGUGACAGUUGGGGGCAGAGUGGGAACAAUAUGGUUUCUCUUCCAGUUCUCUGGAUGACAAUAAAUAGGAUUUGAUAUAAA